GUGGGAAUAGAAUGGCUUUAUAGAAUACAAAGUGAAUCUUCCCCCUUCACACUUGGGAUUGAGUUUGUAGAAUUGGCAGCUCUGAAAAAAAACAAACAACCCUAACAUGGGUAAGAAUCUGGAAAAUUGGGUCUGGUUUGGAAAAUUUGAUCUCAAAAUAGUCAAGAGAUGGUAGAGAUUGAAAAUUUGUGCUGGUGGUUUUUAGUAGGAUUGCUUUCCAAGAAUGUGAUUGUACUCAGUUUGGUGUUACGACUUGAUGCAAGCAGUGACUAAUUGGAAAUAAUCGUGUUUUAGGGUUUUCUCAAGAACUAGCUCUGACGUCACUAGGGAAUGCAGGGACAAGUUAAUCAGGUUAAAAGUGCUGGUUAGGUGUUUCUCCAACUGAAUUAUUCCGUGAUGAAUUUAACGUUUGAGUCCUCACAUCCCACAGAUUUCAGUGCAGUUUAAUCUCUCUGAACUCUGAAUAAUGAUAAGAAUUUCAGCAUCAGCCUGGGUGGUGAUGGUGGUGAUAGUGGUAAUGUUUGCGUCCGCGUGGAGAAUUUCCCACGGUUUUGACAGCACUGACCUUUGCAGCACACAAUGAAAUGAACCUUUUCUAUUCGUUCUGCUUCCUGUGGGCAAAUAUUCUAUUCCUCGUGGUCUGUAACAAAAUCCUUCCAGGUGCAGGGUAGCUAAAACAAAACCAGAUUUAUCUCCAGUAAUAUUUACCCUACCUGUGAUCCAUUAUUGCCUGUCUUAUUAUGGUUCCAAACAGGUCCUGUUUAUUCUCUUCCUUAUUGAAUGAAAAGACAACCUGGUCAAACUGUCAGCUUGAGCAAAAGACGUAGGAUAUAUGUCACACAGAGUAUUUAUUGUGUAGUUCAGCUCUGAAAACACUGUUCAAAGUAUUGGUCCUUAUUUGCUGUUCCGAAUUGAAAUCAUAAUGGUAAUUGGCUGCCAGCUUUCUUUGAUCAGACUUGCUUCCUGUUGAAAAUAACAUAUUUGUUACUCAUGAUGACCUACAGUCACAGUUUUUGAUCACUGGGCUCUUUUGGCUUGAUCCUGCCAACCCUUUCCAACCGCCUUUGUUCUCCUUUAUGAAAGCAGUUACAGUACGGACGAGAGAGGUUCUGAAAUUCAUAUGAAGUGUUGGGAGUGCCUUGUGAAUAUUUUUUGUGAUGUUUCCUGAGGAAUGAGAGAUAAAACAAGUGAUGAUGCAUACGGGCUGCCUGAUAUAUCAGUGUAGAGCAAGUCAGUUGCUUCUGCUGAAGAUGGUUAGUGCUCCACAUCGAAGUGUCAAAGACUGCUGCCAAAUACAGGUCAGGAUGUGUUUUCAGUUCCUAAGUGAAACUGGAGCAAGGGGAACUCUGGCUAUUUGUUCAAACUGAGAACAAUAUAGAUAGAGGACUUGAAGGAAUUCUGGAAAUACAAGGCCAAGUCCCAGUGCUUGUGCAUACCAAACGUGAGAAAAGCAAGCACGAUGUGCAAAGCUGUGAUUUCCCAGCUUAGCACUCUAGAGUGGUAUCAGUGGAGGAGUAUAACUACACUGAAUAACCUAAUCUGAUCUGCAAGGGCAGAAUUUCCAUGAAGAAUCACUGCUUUGUAUCACAGGUCUAGAGCUGGUAGUGUUUGUAAUGCUGUUUCUUCCAACAGGGUCAGUGUGAUGAGAUGAAGAGUUGUGGAGAUGUUCUAUUCUUGGGGAGAACUCACUUAUAGAUUAAUUAAUUAACUAAUUGAUUAAAUCCUUGCUUGCUCGGAAGUGCAGUGUCUAGUUUAUGUGCUGGUACUUUUGUUACAAUGACUACUGCUAGUGCUGAUUUCACCCUGCAGAAGAAAUACAGCUGCUUUUAUUUGUUUUUGAAAGCUCCUUCUCUUGCAUGAUUCUGAUUUUAAUGUGUCUUAUGUCCACGAUGGAUUACUGCAUGUCUUCUGAAAGGUGCUUGCAAAACAAGAAAGAAAUGGAUUCGAGGCAGCUGGUCUCACAGAUGUACUAACUUAUACAUCAAAAGACCAUAAAUGAGGAUGUACAAGAGACUGUAAAAGCCCUCCGUUGGGAGGAGUUUGAUAAACACCAAUAACCUGCCUGCGUUAAACCUUGUACGCAAGUCUGAGAUAAAGAGAGCUAUAAAGGGUGAGCAGCUAGCAGGGCACCAGACCAGUCUGCCCACAACUCCCUGAGAGGUUGCAGGCCAAGCAAGAGGUGAAGAGGUGCUCCUGGGAGGAAUCGGCAUGGAACCUGAGGAGUACAGACGGAGAGGGAAAGAGAUGGUGGAUUACAUUUGCCAGUACCUGAGCAGUGUGAGAGAGAGACGAGUGACUCCUGAUGUACAGCCAGGUUACAUGAGAGCUCAGCUGCCGGAUUCUGCCCCAAUGGACCCAGAUAGCUGGGACGACAUCUUUGGAGAUAUAGAGAAGAUCAUUAUGCCUGGGGUGGUCCAUUGGCAAAGUCCACACAUGCAUGCCUACUUCCCAGCUCUUACUUCUUGGCCCUCACUCCUUGGAGAUAUGCUGGCUGAUGCAAUCAACUGCUUGGGAUUCACCUGGGCCUCCAGUCCUGCCUGUACGGAACUGGAAAUGAAUGUGAUGGACUGGCUGGCUAAAAUGCUGGGCCUUCCAGAUAAAUUCCUGCAUCACCAUCCUGAUAGCAUGGGUGGAGGAGUAUUGCAGAGCACCGUGAGUGAAUCAACCUUGGUUGCACUCCUGGCAGCACGGAAAAACAAAAUUCUGGAGAUGAAGCUUUCUGAGCCAGACGCUGAUGAGUCCUCACUCAAUUCUCGACUCAUUGCUUACGCAUCUGAUCAAGCUCAUUCUUCUGUAGAAAAGGCUGGCUUGAUUUCACUUGUGAAGAUAAAAUUUCUGCCUGUGGAUGAGAACUUUUCCCUUAGAGGUGAAACUUUGAAGGAAGCCAUAGCAGAAGACAGAAAGAAAGGCCUAGUGCCCGUCUUUGUUUGUGCAACUUUGGGUACAACUGGUGUCUGUGCAUUCGACAAUCUCUCAGAGCUGGGACCAAUAUGUGUUGCUGAGGGACUCUGGCUUCAUAUUGAUGCUGCAUAUGCAGGAACAGCAUUUCUGUGUCCCGAAUUUCGAUUGUUCUUGGAUGGAAUUGAGUAUGCAGAUUCCUUCGCUUUUAACCCUUCUAAAUGGAUGAUGGUUCAUUUUGACUGCACAGGAUUUUGGGUUAAAGAUAAAUACAAGCUACAUCAAACCUUCAGUGUUAACCCCGUCUACCUCAGACAUCCCAAUUCAGGAGCUGCUGUUGAUUUCAUGCACUGGCAAAUUCCACUGAGUCGUCGAUUUCGUUCUUUGAAGCUGUGGUUUGUGAUUCGUUCAUUUGGGGUGAAAAAGCUUCAAGCUCAUGUUCGACAUGGAACUGAAACAGCCAAAUUCUUUGAAUCUUUGGUGAGAAGUGAUCCACUGUUUGAAAUUCCUGCCAAGAGACAUCUUGGACUGGUUGUGUUUCGUUUAAAGGGUCCCAACUGUCUGACAGAAAAACUCCUGAAAGAACUGAGCAGUUCUGGCAAACUCUUCCUUAUUCCAGCAACCAUUCAUGACAAGUUCAUCAUCCGCUUUACUGUAACAUCUCAGUUCACAACCAGGGAAGAUAUUCUGCAAGACUGGAACAUCAUUCAACACACUGCAGCCCAAAUUGUUAGCCAGCAUAAUGAAUUGCACCACAUCAACUCUGGUGAUGAGGCAAAAAUCCCUAAUACAGUAUCUGAACCUAGUUCUAGUGUUAUUAAUCAUGCUUCUCAGCUCUGUCUAGAAGAAGGAAAAUACAAAGUACCUUCCAGAAAAAUAGUAGGCCAGCCUAAGAAGUUAGCAGUGAGUCCUGGUACAUGUGUGAUCAGUCAGCAAGUGAAAGGUCAAGGGGAUCUAGAUGAUUGUUUUCCAGACGAUGUGCAAGAUGUUACCAAACAUAAGUUAACCUCUUUCUUAUUCAGUUAUUUGUCUGUUCAAGGCAAGAAAAAGACAUCACGUUCACUUAGCUGCAACAGCGUGCCAAUGACUGAUCUUCUUGAGCAAUGUAAUCCUACAGCAACAGACCCUGACAAGAAGGAGCCUCAUGCAAAUGCCAGAAUUCUUUCCAGGCUGCCCGAAGAGGUGAUGAUGCUCAAAAAAAGUGCCUUCAAGAAAUUAAUUAAGUUUUACAGUGUCCCAAGCUUUCCAGAGUGUAGCAUUCAGUGUGGUCUUCAGCUGCCUUGUUGUCCCCUGCAAGCCAUUGUUUAACAAGUAAAAGAGAUUUGGUGCUUAAGAGCUCUCUAGGUAGAAAGAGAACCAAAGUUUGCUUAUUCAUAUGCAAUACUACGUGUAAUUUUCUUCAAUAUGUACGUUGUGGUAAUGACCUCUGAGAAAAUUCCUGUGCUUUUAUUGGUGCAAAACCGUGUGUAUUUAUAGAUUAAAAUGUCAAAUAAACCUUGUAGACAUAUAACAUGAAA